GGCUCGAUGGAGGAAGGAAGAGGCGGAGGAGGAUGAGGAGGAGGAAGAGGAGAGGCUCAGACGGUCACGGUUUCAUUCAUUCGGAGAGGAAGAAGCAGCAGCAGCGGUAGCACCCGGAGGGGAGGCACGACGGCAGGGAUGCUUUAGGGACUUCAGUGCAAGGCCAAACAAAGCAGUUGGUUUCACCCUCCGUGUCAGAACCCUGCUGAAGGUCUCAACACCACCUCAGUGCUCCACAACGUCAGCUUCUCCACAGUGAUGAAGUGUGAAGGGAGGCAGAAAUGCUCACUGCACCUCAGAAUCAAAACGGUUUUACGACUUACUGAGUCCACACAUGGUGUGUCUGUCUGCACGGUCACCUCAGGGAUGACUUCGAACUGCCAAAAUUUCAAGUUCUCAAAAGCAUCAAGAGAAAAAAUGUCUGGACUGCAGGUUGAAGUUGAGAAUGACUGCACUCAAGUGUUUCCAAAUCAACAAGUGCAAGUUACGGUGGAAACAGUACCAAACUACUGUGGCUUAACUUGGACCAGCAGCUACCAAGCUCCAGGAUGCAUCAGUGAGGAUUUGAGAAGACAUGUCCCAGACUGCAUCACUGGUAGGCUAUCUUAUAAUAACAUCCCGGAGAGGAAAGAGCUGAGUGUCAAAGUGUCCGACAUGCUUGAAGGUCACGACUACAACGUCCGUCUGUGCUAUAAGAAUUUCAUCUGCAUUGGUGCAGGAGCCCCUACACUGAUAAAGAAGGAGCAACCCAUAAAGAGUGUCACACUCCCGUACUCUCGACCUUUGCCCUGCCUCUGCAUUGAGGGUUGGUCAGCAGUGAUGGACGCCCCCAGAGUUCAGCUCUGCCCAUUCAAAGAUCGUGUAGAGGAACUGUGGUCUGGAAUUACCUUCGACCCGCUGGAGGAGACUCUUUUAUGGGAACCUUCUUGUCCAAUCACUGCUGUGGCUGCAUUGUGCCAGAAACAAGAGAAUGGCGUCUGCUUAGAUCUGCCUCAAUCCUCCCAGAAUGUCAGCAGAGAGAAGGUAACAUUUUCCAAAGUGGAUCCACACCCUCAACUAUGCGUGAAGUUUACUGCAGGCUCUCAAUCCUGGACUAGGUGCCCUUUUGCUGAUGGGAGAUUCCAAGCGUGGGAGGUUUCCGUGACAAGACAACAGGGGCACAAAGAAAUGAAGAUGUCAUCACAGAUCAAUGCAACGUUUUCUGUGGGGCUGUGUGUGAAGUCGGAAGGCUCAUCUGAGUGUCACGCUACUGAAACACAGUCUGUGCAUGUGGAGAAACACAAAGCUGUUGACUUGAAGAUGGCAGGGGAACUGUACGACUCUUGCCUCCAGGUGAAGAGGGUUGAUGUGAAGCAUGCUGUCACAGUCAUUCACUGUCCUAAGCAGUGUGAUCAACCACAUGCCAGACCUGUCGUCGCCAGUCAAGCCUCUUUGGACUUGACCUGGGUUGUUCUUCCAGUUGGCGUUUGCCUUUCUGGCAUCAUAAUUAUCACUCUGGUGCUCCAUGUGAUGCUAACAGUGUAUCAGAGGAGGAAACAAAAAAGAAAUGCAGUCUGUACAUCCAAAAAGCAAACAGGUCCUGAUCUUGACUGUGUGGUCUCUGCAUUACAAACUCAACCUGUCCUCCAUGAAGGGGUCCUUAUACCUGAUUCACCGCAGUGUAAAAACAACGAGAAGGCCAACCUCAUCUCUAAAUGACCAAACAACAGUGCAAUGGUCUUACUUUCUUUUGUGCAGUAAAAAGAUGUUACAAAAAACAAGAA